GAACAGUACGCUACACACAGUAAGCCUGCGGCGCCCACUCUUCCUCUUGUCAGAGACUCAACAUCACUGUCUCUGAAGAGCUCAGUCUCAGGAGAGUCAAGACCAGCCAGCGGCCAAGGCAGCCAGUCAGGUAGUCCUGGAGGAGAGGAAGACCUGAACUGAGACUUCUGCUGUUGAGUGCCAAGGCCGCUCAGGAACACUGGCCCUGCUACCAGAGCCCCAGGAGCCUCCAUGAGUGCCGAAGAAGGGAGUCCUGGAUAGCGAGGCCCUGUCUGGUCCAGGAGAGGGUACCCCAUCAUGGCACCCAUCCUCCAGCACCUGCAGCAAGCCACCAAGAUAAUGAGCCGCAGGAAAAUCCUGCUGCUGGUGCUAGGGUGCAGCACCGUAAGCCUCCUCAUCCACCAGGGGGCGCAGCUCAGCUGGUACCCCAAGCUCUUCCCGCCGAGCUGUCCGCCUUCGCGGGCCUCGCCUCCGCGCCCCAAGCACCUGACCGUGGCCUUCCUGAAGACGCACAAGACCGCGGGCACCACGGUGCAGAACAUCCUGUUCCGCUUCGCGGAGCGCCACAACCUGACGGUGGCCCUGCCGCACCCCAGCUGCGAGCACCAGUUCUGCUACCCGCGCAACUUCUCGGCGCAGUUCGUGCACCCGGCCACGCGGCCGCCGCACGUGCUGGCCAGCCACCUGCGCUUCGACCGCGCCGAGCUGGCGCGCCUGAUGCCGCCGGGCACCGUCUACGUCACCAUCCUGCGCGAGCCGGCCGCCAUGUUCGAGUCGCUCUUCAGCUACUACAACCAGUACUGCCCGGCCUUCCGGCGCGUGCCCAACGCGUCGCUCGAGGCCUUCCUGCGCGCGCCCGAGGCCUACUACCGCGCGGGCGAGCACUUCGCCAUGUUCGCGCACAACACGCUGGCCUACGACCUGGGCGGCGACCACGAGCGCAGCCCGCGCCGCGACGCCAGCUACCUGGCGGGCCUCAUCCGCCAGGUGGAGGAGGUCUUCUCGCUCGUCAUGAUCGCCGAGUACUUCGACGAGUCCCUCGUGCUGCUGCGGCGCCUGCUGGCCUGGGACCUGGACGACGUGCUGUACGCCAAGCUCAACGCGCGCGCCGCCGGCUCGCGCCUGGCCGCCAUCCCCGCGGCGCUCGCGCGGGCCGCGCGCGCCUGGAACGCGCUCGACGCCGGCCUCUACGACCACUUCAACGCCACCUUCUGGCGCCGCGUGGCGCGCGCCGGCCGCGCAUGCGUGGAGCGCGAGGCGCGCGAGCUGCGCGAGGCCCGCGAGCGCCUGCUGCGCCGCUGCUUCGGCGACGAGCCCGCGCUGCGGCCCGCCGCGCAGAUCCGCACCAAGCAGCUGCAGCCCUGGCAGCCCAGCCGCAAGGUGGACAUCAUGGGCUACGACCUGCCCAGCGGCGGCGCCGGCGCGGCCACCGAGGCCUGCCUCAAGCUGGCCAUGCCCGAGGUGCAGUACUCGAGCUACCUGCUGCGAAAGCAGAAGCGCCGGGGCGGCGCGCGCGCCCGGCCUGAGCCAGUCCUGGACCACCCCCCGCCGCGGCCCAUCCGGGCGCUGCCCCGCGGCCCCCUGGGUCCCUGA